CGUGCAAACCCAGCUCUAGCCAUGCUACCACGGUCUGUCUAAAUCAGGCUUGAUGUCGGAAACAGCGCACUCUGACACCGCCCGCAGCGAACUCCUCGGCCGUGAUUAAAAGAGCAUCUUGGGGCCCGCACGCCGGAGGCGCUUCACAAAUUUCCGCCUGCUGAUGCCUCUCUCAUGUCCUGUUGGACGUUCCUCACACUCGCUGUCACGUUCGCUCGUUAUCGUUGUAUUGCACAUGGUUGCCCUUCAAUAUCGUCACGCAUAAGCCGCUGCUCCUUCUCUGAGUCACAACCUCAGACUUCUCACCAUUCGCUCUUGAUAGACAUCAACUUUCUGUAAACGAGACGACUGGAGCGAAGCAUGCGCGCAGACUGCAACAAACCCAUCAACGGCGGGACUGACACAUCGACGCUUCCCGCGAUCUUCGGGCUUGAUGACCGUGCUGCGUGCAUGUCAGCAUGUGUCGCUCACUUUGUCACGGCUCGAAGGCCUGAGACGGCCGUGAAUGACGUGGGCCUGAGCUCAAUAUGUCCUGUUGUGCAAGAUGGUCCAGCGCAGGAUCUCUGGUCGUUGUAUUGUUGUGAUAUCACCUUUUGCGGUCUGCAAAUUCCACUGUCAACUCCACACGGUCAGAGCAAUAGCGUCGAUAAUGUAAUCUCCACUUGCCAGAAUUUCGGGUUCUUUGCGAUCAACGAUCCUGGCCCGCCACCUCUUGCCUUCACCUGCACUGCGCCGAACAACGCAGCUGCUUUCUGGGUUUCUUGUGCUGCCAGCGGCUCUGUACCGGCCAUUGCGCCUGUAUCCGACAAUAUUGGCAUGUCGAUUGCUGCCCUUGGUGAUCUCCCUGCGAUACCAAGCACGGUUCAGGAACAGGCCACCUCCUCGAGCACAUCAAUAGCAGCAACAGCAACAGUGGCCAUGCCAUCAGACAUAUCAACCGAGACACUUCGGUCUGCAGAGGCUGGGCUUUCGACAGUGUCAUCGAUCAGCAGUCUGGUAACUCCAGUCCCUCCUUCAGUGUUGUCGGGUAGCGCCCGCCCAAGCAUUGUGGACGUACCGCCUCCCUCUUUGGACACACAACAGCCGGCGGUCUCAACGGAAGAACAUGACGCUAGCAAUUCUUCAUCCUUGAAACUACCUGAAGGUGCCAAGGCUGCGAUCAUCGCUGGCUGUUUACUCGCGGUGGUUCUCAUCGCGGCUAUAGUGCUAUGCUUUCUUCAACGUCGCCGGCGACGUGCCGAGAGCAUGGAGAUUGGCGCGACGAUGGCGGCUGCCACGAUUUCUCAUGCAACGUUUGACACGUACUCCAUCGAUCGUCCAUCGGGUGGCUCCGACUCAAGACUCAUCUUGGGCGCUCCGUUGACAGCCGGAUCCAAUCUGUCGCCACCACUGACGCCCCCACCGAGGCUUGGGGAACGCAGGAUGCUCUCGCUGGGCUCAACUGAUGGGUCUUCGCGUGGUUCUCUCACCACAAAGUCCAGCUCGGAGACGAUGGGCCCAGCGAGCAACAAUGCGCCCUCGGGACUUGCAAGGACUACUACUCCAUCCCAGAACCCCGGAUCAGGGGCUUCCUCCGCGGUAGGCAGUCCCAGCGGUGAUCUGCCUGCCGGGUUACCGCAGAGCUGGCCACUGAGCCCACCGCAGCCGGGAGUCCUCGGCAACAACAAUAUCAACGGUCACAUUCCGCGAAAUCUGGGAGGCUGCGGCUCCCCUCCACCCGUUAGCCCGCUCCCGCGUCUCCCCAUCUCGCCGCCGUCGACGCCGCAGCCCACGUCGCCUCUUGCGCUCGUUGUCUCGCCUCCGUUGUCACCUCGGCGGACGACUGCAGCCACGAGUAUGGGUAGUUCUUGAAUUGUGCUUCGGCUAACUACUUCGAGCAAGAGUCUAUAUGCCUCACAGGGAAUCGUUGUUGGGAGUAAGAUUCAAUUGGUAAUGCUAGAGAUAUCCCAGACGGCGGGUCCUGGAACUUGUUUUCGUUGAGCGUUAAGAUAGCAGGCUAUCGACAGGUCAAUAUAGAUUUGAAC